UAGAGAUUCAUCCAGUUCCAGUAGUAUCGAAAUGGCUACACUGGGAGGAAGAGCAAUAGGGUUCUCAAGCUUUCCAUCGUCUUCUUCAUAUCUCCGUGGGAAUUCCAGAGCCACCUCCUCUUCAUUCUCCUGCACUCUAUCAAUGCAAAUGGUCAGUAAAUCAAUGAUUUCGCGUAAAUGUGUCGCCUGUUCUGCUGUGCAGGAAUCGUCUAGUCCUACUGCCACAGCUGAAACAAAGGCAACCACUCCUGCUGAAGCAAAACCAUCACCCACUUCUGAAACAAAGGCCGCAGUUGCUGGUGGGAAGGAGGAAGUGAAGGCCGCCCCGAAAGCAGCUCCAGCAAGGCCCAAACCUGCAGCAAAGGCUCCUGCCAAACUACUGCCAGAGUUGAUGGCUGAGGAUGUUAUCCCUUCAUUGAAAACAACACUUGAAGCUCAAGUUGAUCUAUCUGAAAUUGAGCUUUCUUUCCAAGACAACAAGUUGGAAGGUUCAUUCCUGAAGAAGGGCUGUCCCUACUCAUUCUGGGCCUUCUUCCCUGAUGGAGUCCUCACAGGUCCAAAAGGGUUUUCAUUGACUUCAUAUGGCUCGGUAGCAAGCACUGUCGAGCCCUUCCUCAUUGAUGAGAAGAAAAUCACAGCAAAGCAUGUAGUGUUCUGGGUUGAAAAGCGUUUGGCAGCCCAAGGAAUUAUUCCUGUCUGGAAAGAAUGAGUUGGCAGCAUAAAACCAUGCCAUGUAAUUAUUCAUGUCAGAAACUAAUGCUAACUAUAAAAUUUUCCAAUUCAUUUUAAACAAAA